AGAGCUCUUGGGUCUAUCAGAAUCCAGAAUGAAGACUUUUGAUGCAAAUGACCUGUAUCAGGGACAGAAUUUCAGCAAAGUUCUCAGCUCUCUUGUGGCUUUAAACAAGGUGACUGCUGACAUAGGGCUGGGUAGUGACUCUGUAUGUGCACGUCCCUCAUCUCAUCGGAUAAAAUCUUUCGAUUCUCUGGGAUCCCAGUCUUUACACAGCAGAACUUCAAAACUCUUUCAGGGACAGUAUCGGAGUUUGGACAUGACAGAUAACAGCAACCAUCAGUUGGUGGUGAGAGCAAAAUUUAAUUUUCAGCAGACAAAUGAAGAUGAACUUUCUUUUUCAAAAGGAGAUAUUAUUCACGUUACAAGAGUGGAAGAAGGAGGCUGGUGGGAAGGAACUCUAAAUGGCAAAACAGGGUGGUUUCCAAGUAACUACGUACGAGAAAUAAAAUCAAACG